CUUUGCAGAAUGCAGACUUUGUGGCUUGUGCGGGGAAGCGGGAGCGGGAAGAAAUGUCGAUUCCCAUGAUAAGGGCUUCGAUUUCUCAGUCCCCUUCUCUUUCCCUACCUUUUACUUUAUCAAGCACAGAUGAAUCAUUCUCAAGGAGGAAAAGGCAGCUUUCUUGUGCUCCCUCGGAGCUCAAUCCAGUUCGGUCAGAGGUGUCCUUUUGUGUUGGAACUCACCUCAUUCCACACCCCAACAAGGUUGACAGAGGAGGGGAGGAUGCUUUCUUUGUGAGCAACUACAAUGGGGGAGUUAUUGCUGUUGCCGAUGGUGUCUCUGGUUGGGCUGAACAGAACGUGGAUCCUUCAUUAUUCUCCCGGGAAUUGAUGUCUAAUGCUUCAUAUUUGGUGGGGGAUGAGGAGGUUAAAAAUGAUCCUCAAAUUCUCUUAAAGAAAGCACAUGCUGCUAAUUCCUCCAUAGGUUCGGCUACUGUGAUUGUUGCCAUGCUGGAGAGGAAUGGAAUUCUAAAGAUUGCCAAUGUUGGGGAUUGUGGCCUAAGAGUUAUCCGUGAAGGUCAAAUUCUUUUUUCCACAUCUCCACAAGAACAUUAUUUUGACUGUCCCUAUCAGCUGAGCUCAGAGAUGGUUGGCCAAACCUACCUUGAUGCAGCGGUUAGCAGUAUGGAGUUGGUGGAGGGAGACACCAUAGUAAUGGGCUCGGAUGGGCUUUUUGAUAAUGUUUUCGACCACGAAAUUAUUUCCACAAUAGCCAGAUACAGAGAUGUAGCUGAGGCUGCAAAGGCAUUAGCUAACCUGGCAAGCAAUCACUCCAUGGAUUCCGACUUCGACUCACCCUAUUCAUUUGAGGCCAGAUCCAAGGGUUAUGAUGUUCCUCUUUGGAAGAAAAUUCUUGGCAGGAAGCUUACAGGUGGGAAGGUUGAUGAUAUUACCGUGAUUGUCAGCCAGGUUGUAAGCUCUUGAAAAUUUUUGGAUCUCCAAGAAAAAUGUUCCAGGGAUUAAAUAUGGUUUACAUAAAAGAACCCUCUCAAAGGUAUCUCUCAGUAUUUUGAUUUGUUAUUGAUGACUUCCGGAGUUUUGAGGGAUCAUCUGUAAAGUACAGCACCAUAUAUACUUCUUAUGAGA